AUGAAGAAAUCCAAGCGAUCAAAGGUAUCACAACGCAAAGAUGGGGUCGAUUUGAUCAGUAACAUACCAGAUGCUAUUCUUCUUUUGAUUCUUUCACGUCUGCCAUCCACGAAAGAAGCAAUCCGAAGCAGCAUUUUGUCGAGACGAUGGAGGAAUUUGUGGACUGCAAUUCCGUCUCUGGAUAUACGUUACGGAAAGAAAUUCAAAAAAACCAAAUUCAAAGAGUUUGUAUAUUGGGUUCUAGCAAACAAAACCGUAGAUUUGGAUAGGUUUCGUCUUUGUUGUGAUGAUUACUACAGUAUGGCAACAGUCUUGCGGUGGAUUCAUAUGGCAGUCAACAGAAACGUUAAACAACUUGACGUGUCCUUUUAUCCCAAGGACGAGACUAAAGCAAUCGAAUUUCCCCAUUGUCUGGUGACUUGUGGUUCAUUGGAGGUAUUAAGUUUCCAUGGAAGUUAUAUCAGCAGUCGUCGACUAAGUUUGCCAAGGUUUAAGGGGUUUCUGGCACUUAGGUUUCUUAAAUUGACCGAUGUUGACUUAUUAGACGACAGAGUUUUGGUAGAAGAUUUUCUCGAAAGCUGCCCAUCCCUUGAGGAUCUGUUUUUAUCGGACUGCGUGUUAUGCAAACUUGAUCUUCUUUGCAUUUCAUGUCCGAAGCUCAAGACGCUGAGUAUUGACUGUGAAGAUGAAGAUGGGCGCUGUUGUGACAUUAAGCUUUCUUGCCCAAAACUGGUGGAUUUGGAUUUAACAGGUCAUAUAAGGUGUAAUUCUUUCAAUGAACGUCUAGACUCCUUGAAGCAAGCUGUGAUUGAGCCUAAAUUGGCGGGGAACACCAUAUCCUUGCUGUUUCCUGGAAUUUCUCGUGUGGAAUCUUUGUGGAUCGACCUUUGCCUCUUCAGAAAGAUUUUGUGGCUAACCACAACUAUGGAUGACUUCACCAUGGAUAACUUCAACCAAGUUCUCAAAUAUUAUCCCAAACUGAAGUCUCUCAAGAUGAACAUUGACAAGGAUUUUCAUGGAAAAUACCAGUGGUUGGAUGAAGCUAAAACAAGGAGAAUCUUGAGUAGAGAUGUGAAAAGGGUCGAGUUUUUCAAAUUCAAUGGAGAACAACCGAAACUAGUUAUAGACUGGACUAUUGAUAUAUUGCUUUUGUUUUUCACUUGGGUCUUGGGGUGAUAUUGGAGUCAGGUUCCCUCUUUUGAAGAACUGAUUUCCUUGGAUGCUUUUUGGAUUUGGACUUUUGCUUCAUUUUCAGUCUUAUAAACUAGAAAAAUACUUUUUUGGUUUUACAAUUUUGUUCAUAUUCUGCUGUAAUAGUUUUUACUUUAUUUAGGGCCAUUUCAACUAUUAUAAACCAGUGAUUUUAGCGCAAAUGCAAAGUAUGAG